AUGAAAAGACUGCAAAUAGAUAUACUUGGAAUUAGCGAGACCUUCUGGCCGAAUUCUGGUCAAUGUCAAAAUGAAGGAGCUAAAAUAUUCUAUUCAGGUAACGAUGACAAGCGACAUAGGAAAGGAGUAGGAAUAAUUGUUUCAAAAAAUUUCUCAAAUUCUGUAUCAGAUUUCAUACCUUACUCUGACAGAACAAUGCUCUUAAGAUUUGAUACGAAACCAAUAAAGCUAAAUGUUAUUCAAGCUUAUGCUCCAACAGCUGACGCAAGUGAAGAAGAAAUUGAGGCAUUUUAUGCAGAAAUCACCGAUUUGCUUAAAAUUACAAAACCACACGAACUCAAUAUAAUAAUGGGCGAUUUUAAUGCAAAAAUUGGGAGAGGAGAAAGUAACGAGGUCAUCGGAAAAUUUGGUCUUGGAACUAGAAACGAUAGGGGUGACAGAUUGGUUCAAUUCUGCCAAGAAAUCAAAUUCAAAGUUACCAACACAUGGUUCCACCUACCGCCUAGACGACUGUAUACUUGGGCCUCUCCACAAGACAAUGAUAUGCAUAUUGUUAGAAAUCAAAUCGACUUCAUUUUGAUCAAUAAAAGAUUUAGCACAUCAGUCAGUAAAGUUAGCACUUAUCCCGGAGCAGAUGUACCGUCCGAUCAUAAUUUACUCCUUGCGAAAAUUAAAAUAAAACUAGCAUCAAUUCGCAGAUCACAACGUUCUUUUAAGUUAGAUCUGGACAAACUUAAUAUUGAUGAGGUAAGGAGUAACAUAUCGAAGGAGAUAAAUGACCAACUUCGUUCAUUGCAAACUAAUAACGCAACACCUUCUUGGCAGCAAACAUCAUCUAUAUUAAAAAGUGUUGCAAGAAAUAAACUAGGAACGAAAAAGUUCAAAGCAAAACAAAAAUGGAUAACAGAUGAAAUCUUAAAUCUCAUGAAAGAAAGACGAAGAUACCGAAACAACAAUCGAAUACAAUAUAAUCGCUUACAUAAUUUAAUAAGAUCUAAAAUUAGAAAAGCGAAAGCUGAUUGGCUCGAUCGUGAAUGCUCUGAGAUUGAAAGACUGCAACAUCUCCAUGAUGAUUUUGGAGUACACAAAAAGAUCAAACUUGCCUCUAGGAUCCACCGUAAAAAAGCACCAUCAAUGUUGAUUGAUAAUCAAGAUCAAGUCAUCACAGAGCCAGAAGACAAGAAAAAUACUUGGAAAAAUUAUAUAAACCAGUUAUUCUCAGAUACAAGAUCAAACUCUACUCGUAAUUCAACGAUUCAAUUAUCUGGCCCACCAAUUACAAAAGCUGAAAUACUUAAAGCCAUUAGCUCAUCUAAAGACAACAAAGCAGUAGGCCCUGAUGAAUUGCCAGCUGAAAUAAUAAAGAUAAUUGACGAAGAUAACAUCAAUAUUCUCAGGACUGGUUGA